UUCUACAAGCUGUUGCCCUAAACUGAUAUUGUGAAAUAGAUGCGUACGCACACACACACCUAAUGCUUAAUUGACUUACAGUAUUUAUGUGAAGACAGAAGUGUCAUUUUGUUCGCUUAUUUCUAUUGUACCUUAUAUAAAGAAUUUAAAUUAAAUUAAACAUAAAAAUGAAAUAUCUCGGACUGAUUCUGAUCUUGUGUAUUGGAGUUAAAGUUAACGCAAACCCAUUGCUACUGGAAACCAUUGAGGAUGUAGGUAAUUCAACUAAUGUCACUUUUGUCCCACCCACCACUGAGGGGUCAACCACCAUCAGCCCAACUACAGGACAGACCGUGUCGAUGGAAACAGUUUCUAUUCCAAAUACCGCUCCUACCAUCAAACCAAUCACAACAGCAAGCCACACCACGAUAUCAACAACACCACCUCCAAUGACGACAGAAAGCAACAGUACCAUGACUACUUCUAACGAAACGAUGCCAACAAUGGAAACCAUGACAACAGCAGGAACAGUAACAUCCGGGUCUUCCGGAACAAUGCCUUCAAUGACAACAAAUCCAAGCGUCUAUACAACAAGUCAAAGCGUCCGUACAACAAAGAUGAAAACAACGGCAGCUCCUCAGCCAACUCCAAAACCUAAAAAACACAGAUUCGACGGUGGCUCAUUUGCUGGAGGCAUAGCACUUGGACUCGCACUUGCUGCAAUUAUCAUUAUUUCUUACAGAUGUUAUAUAAUGAGACAUAGAGCAAAGGGAUACGGAGACGUCAAUUAGAACAUUCUGAGACAGUAUUUACUUGCUCCUACACGCAACACUUGUUUUUAAAUAACGUAUCGUAAUGUAAAUGUGAGAUCAUCAUACAGUGUAUACUCAAACAUUGAAUAUUACUGGUAUCUCUUAGCAUGUAUUUCCGUCGAAACCAUAUUUAGAAACGUUAAAAAUGUGUACAUAUUAAACGUUCACAUUAUAAGGAUCUUAUAUGACCACCAUUGUAACACAGGGUUUUCCCAAACCCGAAGGACAGUGUCCUCUGGGAAAACAACUGCAUUAUUCAAGCAGACAUGUUAGAUCAUUUUAUUUUUCUUGCCUACCGUUAAUUAUUUAAUAUCAUUACAAUAUCAAUUAAAAAUAGUCAUUAUAUGACGUCAAAUCAUGGCAUCAAUGUGAGCACGUGUAGCUAGGUGAUGUACUACCAGGAUAAAGUAGAUAUCUUAUAUUUAUCCGUGCAGUAAGUUAAGAAAGCAUAAUGUUUAGGUUUUGUAUCACAGUUGUAAGCUUAUCUUUUUGUACAAUAAAAAGGAGUUGUCCGCA